AUGAAGAAGUCCAAGUUCUACGGCCUUAGAGGCACGUCACUAAACGUUGCCAUCGCCGUCAUUGCCGGCACUGACUUCGCCCUCUUCGGAUAUGACCAAGGUGUCAUGGGUGGGCUGUUGACCCUGUCCUCCUUCUUGCAAUACUUCCCCCAAGUGGACGUGGCCAACCCACCACCUGGUUACACUGCUUCGCAGGCGUCGAACAUACAGGGCAUCACCGUGGGAGGGUACACCCUGGGGUGCUUCUUCGGGGCUGUAGCCACGAUCUGGUUGGGCAACUGGCUUGGACGAAAGAGAGCAAUCAUCACUGGCUCGACCAUCAUGAUCAUUGGCGCUGCCAUACAGUGUGCCUCAUUCUCCCUGCCACAGCUUAUUGUUGCUCGUCUCAUCACCGGGUUCGGCAAUGGAAUCAAUACGUCGACGGUGCCGACAUGGCAGUCCGAGACAUCGAAACCUCACAAGCGGGGUCAAAUGGUCAUGAUCGAGGGUUCUCUGAUCGUCUUUGGUGUGAUGCUGAGCUACUGGAUCGACCUCGGCUUCUCGUUUCUCGAGCCGUCAACUAUCGCCUGGCGGUUCCCCAUCGCCUUCCAGAUCAUUCUCGCCCUAUUUGUCGCCUUGGGAAUUCCCGGUCUGCCCGAGUCCCCUCGGUGGCUGAUCCUGAAGGGACGGGAGGACGAAGCCCUCGAGGUCCUCUCUGCACUUGCGGAUCUCCCCCCGGAUGACCCCAGGGUCCACAGCGACUUUCAAGCGGUCAAGGAUGCUGCCCUCGAGAUGGCAUCUGGGUCGUUCAGGGACUGCUUCAAGAAGAACGAGAAUCGCAAUCUUCAUCGGACCAUCCUUGGAUAUGUCAACCAGAUGUUCCAACAAAUCUCAGGGAUUAAUAUCAUCACAUACUAUGCGGCCACCAUUUUCGUUAGCAUCGGCUUAUCGAACUUCCUCAGUCGGCUCCUUGCUGCGCUGAACGGAACAGAAUACUUCAUCGCGUCCUGGAUUGCCAUUUUCACCAUUGAAAAGUUCGGUCGGCGCAAGCUCAUGCUCUUCGGGGCCGUCGGCCAGUCCCUCUCGAUGGUCGUGCUGGCGGUGACCAGCAAGUACACCGAAGUCAGCAAAGGUGCGGGAAUCACAGCCGCCAUCUUCCUCUUCGUCUUCAAUUCCUUUUUUGCUGUUGGUUGGCUGGGCAUGACCUGGCUUUACCCUGCGGAGAUCACGCCUCUGGGAAUCCGAGCCCCGGCCAACGCCAUCUCGACCACGGCCAAUUGGAUCUUCAACUUCCUCGUCGUGAUGGUGACGCCUCCUGCUUUUGCCAAUAUUGGUUAUAGGACUUACGUGGUUUUCGCCGUCAUCAAUGCAUUCAUGGUGCCAUGUGUCUACUUUUUCUUUCCCGAAACAGCCUACCGGUCGCUCGAAGAGAUGGACGAGAUCUUCCAGGACGCCCAUGGGUUCAAAGGCGCUUUCGAUGUUGUCAAGAUCGCCAGGGAGAAGCCAAGGCGUUACGACAAGCAUGGAGAGCUUCUCAUCAACUACGAGGAUACCGAAUAUGCCCACAGGAGGCACUCGGCUGUUGGUAGUGAUCCCGGGCAUCAACAUGGAUACGCCCACACCGAGAAGAGUGAUGAGCAUAUCAACGGGUCUGAGGAGAGGAGGGAGCAUUUGUGA